AUGUCAGACGAUUUUGCAAGUAUGUUUACAUAUAGAGGGUCACUAAAAGAAGAUGAUGUAAUUGAUAUUUCAGAUGAAGAUGAGGAUGAUUACAUUGAAGAAACAUUUGAAAAGUUUGAUUUAAAGAAAAAGAGAAAACCCACAUUACCAAAUUUUCAAUCAUUAAAAAAAUCAAAAUCAGAUACUAAAACAUUCAAUGAAAAGUCUGAUAGUGGUGCACCUUUAGAUAGUAAUGAUAGUAAUAUAAAUUCACAAACAUCUUCAUCAUCAAUUAAUUUGGAUGAUGGUAAUGAUGAUGAUGAUGAGGUUUCCUAUAUUUCAGAAAAUAAAAAUAAAAAUAAUAAUAAAAAUAAUAAUAAUAGUAAUACUAAUAAUACUAAUAAUAAUAAUAGUAAUAGUAGUAGUAGAAGUAGUGGAAGUAAUGGGAGUAAUUACCCAGUUUAUUCAAUUGAUGACGAUGAUGAACUCCCUUUACCAAUUUAUACAAAAACACCAGUUUCAAAUUUUUUAAAAACAAGUCAAACUAAUACGUCAAGUAAUAGUAGUUUAAAUAGUAAUAAUAAUAUAAAUAAUAAUAGUAAUAAUAAUAAUAAUAGUAAUAAUAAUAAUAAUAAUAAUAAUAAUAAUAAUAAUAAUAUUGAUAAUAAUAAUAAUUUUUAUAAAACACCAUCAAAAAAUAGUAAUGAUAUGUAUUAUAGUGGAAGCCCAAUGGGUGGUGUAAAUAGUUCAUAUACAGGAUCACCAGUACAAACAGAGAAAAGGAUUAAUGAUCCUGUACCAAUUUUUAUUAAAUGCACAGGUGAGGAAACUCAAAAGUUUAUAUUUUAUUAUGAUACACCAAUUCAAAAAUUAGUAGAUUUAUAUUGUUCACAAAAGAAUUUGGAUGUCAACACAGCACAAUUUAAAUUGUAUGGUUUAAUGUUAGAUUCUUCAAAAACACCAAGAGAAUUACAACUAUUGGAUGAUGAUACUCUGGAAGUUGGUAUUAAAAUCACUAAACCUGUUAAUUUACCUCCAGAAUUAACUUCAACAACUACCACAACAACAACAACAACAACAACAGCUGCCCCAAUUGAUGAUGGCACACCAAAAGUAUUUUUACAAGUUCGUUAUGAAAAUAAUGUUCAUAAAUUUAGAAUUGGGAUGGCGGAUCCUUUCUCAAAAUUAGUUACAGCACUCACAAAAAAGAUUAAUACACCAAUUCCAGAUGGAAAAAAAAUUGUAUUAAAAUUUGAUGGUGUAAUUUUAAAUCCAAAUACAACCCCAGAGGAUGAAGAUAUGGAAGAUGAAUUCCUCAUUGAUGCUUUUUUAAAAUAA